AGCCAUGCGCUGGAUUAUACUAGUACUAGACGCAGUUGUUAUAAAUUUAAAUUGUUUGCGAGUAAAUUAACUAAGUGAAAAUGCAUUGUUGAAUGUUUAGGCGCUGCAGGCUCGCGCAUGUCUAAACGACUUACGCUUAGAAAGCACAGCCGUGCCCAUUCAAAUCUGCAGGCAAACAGAAACUUUGACUGCAAGUUCAUUGUGUUUCUCUCAUACCAGAGUUACUACGAAUACCCAUUGCCAACUUACCUGGAGUAUCCCAUCCUUAUUGCUCAAGAUGCGAUUCUUCUGUUGCUGGUUUUCUACUAUAAUGGAAAUCUGAGCCACUGUCUGCUUGCUGCAGUUCUAUUUGUUGCUGGAUGGCAUCUUCUAACUGUUCAGAAGUGGAUUAUUGAUUUGGCUAUGAGCCUGUGUACCUUCAUCAGCGCUGCUAGUAAAUUUGCACAGCUACAGUGUUUGUGGGAAACCAGAGAUGCCGGGCAAGUUAGUGCCCUGACAUGGGGCAUGGCUUUAUACACCAGUUUAACAAGGAUUGUGACUACGUUAAUGACAACAGGGGACUUUCAGGUCCUUGCAAGGUUCAUCAUUAUGCUACUUCUCAAUGGCUGGGUUACAGCCACCAUAGUUUACUACAGGAGAGGAGGAAAGAAGCAGGAGUAAAUCCAGCCCUGUACACUGUCAUUCAUCAUGGAUCAAGACGGCAUUAAUAACCAUUUACUCUACACCAAUUUGUACUUGUCACCUUGUUUACCUAAACAUUAUUUUAGAAGCAAGGUCAUUGAACAUGUGGGUUGUCUGUAUGUUAUUUCUUGUGUUAACUUGCAUAAUUGUAUUGCACAUUGGGAUAAUGCUAUUAUAACAAAUAAUUGGGUAUCCUACAUAUAAAGUAAUUUGAUUUUUUUUUAUAUAUAUAUUGCAUUAAAAAAAUGCACUUUUUAGAAUUGAUGUGCACAAGUCUUUGCUUUUAAUAUAGCAGUGCUUGAAACUGUCCAAUAUCUCAAUAUGGGUGCCGAUUUAUUUUAUUUAUGUCUCAAUAUCUGUCUCCAUUAUUCACACUUUUUUUUAAGUAUUUAAAACAGUAGUGUUCAAAGUUAGUGAGGUAUGUCGGUUUAUCAUCAUAAAGUGUGCGCAAAUGGUUAUAACAUGCAUUAGCUCAAUAAAUCUCAGAUCUCAUGCAAAAAAAAA